CCAGCACCAUUUGUUGAAAAAAUUUUCCUUUCCCCAUUGAAUUACUUUGGCACCUUGUCACAAAUCAUUUGACGUUUUGUGAGGGUCAGUAUCUGUUACACUAAUGUCUGUUCAUCAGUUCACACUGUUUUGUGACAUUUCCUCAAAAAGAGCCUGCUUUAAUUUUGUUUGGGAUUGUAUAAAAUAUUGGAUCAAUUUGGGGAGAAGUUAAUCUUAACAAUAUUGAGUCUUCUAGUUCUUUCACAUGGAUUAAUGGAGAUAUCACACAUAUAUGUGUGUGUGUGUUUGUGCUGAUAUAUAUAUAUAUACCAUUAUAGUAUAUCUUUCCAUUAUUUGGAUCUUGAACUUCUCUCAGCAGUAUUUUGUAGUUUUCUGUGUACAGCUCUUACACAUUUUUGUUUGUUUGUUUGUUUACACAUUUUUUUUUACAUUUAUUCCCACCAAUAGAUUGUUUUUGGAUGCUGUUGUGAAUGAUAUUAAUAUUUAUUUAAGUUUCAUUUUCCAAUCACUUGUUGCCAGUGUAUAGAAAUAACAGUUGAUUUUGCAUUUUCACUUUAUAUUCUUGGAACAUAGCUGAAUUCACCUACAAAUCAUAGUAGGUUUUUAAAAUUUCCUAGUAUUUCCCAUAUGAACAAUCAUGCUGCAAGCACAGAGGCAGGAUCUCUCCUGUUUCUAAUCCUUGUGGCUUCUGCUUUGUUUUCUGUCAUUACCGCUCUGGCUUGAGCCCCAGGGCAGUGUUGACUAGCCCUGCAGAGGCUGAGUUUUCUCAGCCUCGUCUCGGUCAGCCUGUCAUUAGCUGUGGGUUGUUUGGGGAUGUCUUUCUUCAUGCUGAGGAUAUCUCCUUCUGUUUUCAGUUUAUUGAGUGUUGUUAUGAAUGGGCCUGAAAUUUUGUCAAAUGCUUGUUUUGCAUCUGCUAAAAUGGUUCAUUUAGUAGAACCCCUUUAUUCUGUUAAAGUGGUUGAUUACUGGUUUUGACGUAAAGUCAGUCUUAUGUUCCUGAAAAAAACUUGUUCGUGUUUUGUCACCUUUCAGUAUUUGCUGAAUGCAGGCAUGCAGUUGGCUAAUGUUUUGUUAAGAGUUUGGGGGUCUGUGUUCAUGAAGGAUGUUAGUCUGCUUUUUUCCCCUUGUGAUGUUCUUGUCUGGAUUUCUGUCUGGUUUUGCUGGUCUGGUUCCGAGUCCUGCUUGCUGGGCUUAUAACCAGGUUGGAACAGAUGCCUUCCCCUCUGCUUUCUGAAGGGCUUUGUAUAGUAUAGGCAUUAAUUCUUCCUUAAUUUUUUGAUAGACUUCACCAUUAAAGCCAUCUGGGUUCAUUGCUUUGUUUUGUGGGAAGUUUUAAUGUUAUUAAUUCAGUUUCUUUAAAAGAAAAUUUAUUUAUUUUUGGCUGUGCUCAGCCUUUGUUGCUGCUCAUGGGCUUUCUCUAGUUGUGGCAAGCGGUGGCUACUGUGUCAUUGUAGAGCAAGGGCUUCUCAGUGCGGUGGCUUCUCUUGUUGCAGAGCAUGGGCUCUAGGCGUACAGGCCCAGGAGUUGCGGUGCAUGGGCUCAAUUGCUCCGCAGCAUGUGGGCUCUUCCCAGACCAAGGAUCAAACCAGUGUCCCUUGCAUUGCAAGUUGUUAGAACAAAAGACCUAAAGAAAUCAGUGAAGACACAGAGGGUCUGAACAGUGUUCCUGGAAUCUUGACCUGAGUGUUGUUUAUGGAGCCACACCCAUCAGAAGCAAAACACAGAUUCCUUCAAGUGCAUGUUCUCUCACAUAGACCAAAUGCUGUGCCCUGAAACAAGCCUCCAGGAAAGGUAAAGAAGUAAAGCUGCAUUUAUUUGCAUAGGACAUGAUUAUUUAUGUAGAAGAUGCUAAGAAAUCUGAAAAACUGCUUAGGAUGGAAAAAAGCAAGAACCAUUAGAGAAAAAAUGGAUGCAGUUAAUUUUAUGAAAAUGAAACAUUUGUUCUUCUAAAGAGACCCAUAAGAAAAUGAAAAGACAAGUCACAGAAUGGGAGAAAUGUCUGCAGUACACAUACCUGGCAAAGGACAUGUGAAGAGCUAGCACGUAAUAAUAGAAAGACAACUCAGCCGAACACUGUGGCCCAGAGAUAUGAAUAGACUCAUCACAAGAGAUGUAAGGUGUGUGAGUGGCCCACAAGCAGGACAGAGGUGCUGACCGUAUCUAGUUGCAGAAACACAGAUGGGAACAGAGGAGAACCGCCGCCCACCUGCCAGUGUGUGAUCACGACCUGGUGUGGCCGGAACAGGCUGGGCUCCAGGGUCGUGACACUCUGGAGCCAGCGACCAACCCCCCAACUGCUGAUUGAGUGUGGCGAGGGCCUGAAUGUCUGCGGCCCACGUCCAAGAGGGCCAGACCCUGCACUCCGGGACAUGGCGCUUCAGCGUGCCGUCCUCCUGGCUGGCCUCCUGGUGGAAGUUGCUAGCAGAUCCUCAGGAACUGCGGGUCAGCAGCCUGAGUGCUGUGUGGAUGCGGGGGACAUCAACGCCACCUGCCCAGGCACUAGCCUGUGUGGCCCAGGCUGCUAUGGGCGCCCAGCUGAGGAUGGGAGCGUCAGCUGCAUCCAGUGCAGGAACGGAACCCACAACAGCUCCGAGUGCAGAGGCCUCGCCGGCCGAGGUGCACAGUUCCCUGUGAACAAGAGCACAGGGAUGCCUGGGCGGCAGAGUGUCGGGGGCCCUCAGGUGGCUGCCUCCCUCUUCCUGGGGACGUUUCUCAUCAGCUCGGGCCUCAUCCUCUCCGUGGCUGCAUUCUUCUACCUCAAGCGAGCCAGCAAGCUGCCCAAGGUCUUCUAUGGAAGAAACAGAGCUCCCGCCCUGCAGCCUGGUGAAGCCGCCGUGAUGAUUCCCCCACCUCAGUCCUCAGGCGCCUGCAUUGUCUCCCAUGAUGGCCAUAACAAAGUCUGCAAUUCGGGGCUCAAGAGGAUAGAAGUGUCUUCUCUCACGAUCCCGGAGGCUGGAAGUCAGAAUUCCAGUGCGGAAGCCGCGCUACGUCCGGCGUGAGCGGCCCUUGGACAGGGAUGUGGGCCCCACCACUGUCUCCUCUGUGGAGGCCCGGGUGAGCAACGUCUGACCCCAAGGUCCACCCACAGCUCCACGCACCGCAGAGGAGGGGCCCCCAUGCACAAAGGCUGGGUGCUGCCCAGCAAGGCCUCGGGAUGGGCCCAGACACGGCCCUGGCUUGGUUCGUCUGAUUCCAGCCACAUAUGCAGAGGGGGAGCCGCCCACCUGCAGGCCUUCCUCACCACAAUUGGCACUCAGUGUGACCAACCCGGGGCAUCACUGCAGCCUCUGUCCCUGAGCCCAGGUGGGGAGCCAGGCACAUGGGGUCUGGGCCCCAUGGGAGAGACAGCCUGCAGGACCCUGGGUGCUCCUCCACCCUGGAGCCCAUGGUGAGCAGAUUCCCUGCAUCCUGUCUAAGAGCAGUGAGGCCCAGGCCUUUGAGGUUCCAGUUGUGUCCACAUGGAGGUGGGAUGGGCCUGGGGACCACCCGCCCGCCGCAGACUCAGGCACCACAGGCUGUGCUGCGUUGCUGCCCAGUCCCAGGAGCUGCAGGACCGAGUUGCUUGGCUCUCUGCUGACUCCUGUGUGUGUUUAAGCAGAAACGCAUUUUGUACAGAAGUCUAAGAGGCAUGCUGCCCUCAUCUGAGCCCUGCCUGGGCCCCAGGCGCUACAGGUCCUCAUCCACCUGGGGAUGGACACUGGCCUGAAACUGCUGGAGGUCAAGGCCCCCCAGGGACAUGUCCACCCAGGGCCACAUUUACCUGUGACUGUUGCCUGGAAGCCUGGACUGGCUCAUCACGCCAGUCUCCCAAGGACCUCGCUGACCGGCAGUCCUGUCUGGCUGCCCCCACCCUGAGGCACCAGCCAAGGUUCCCGUGGAGACGGGAGUGUUGGGGCACCCACUGCAUGAGGGUGGAGUGUGGCCUGGUCUCCCCAGAAUCUCUGUUGGGACUGCUGUCUCCUCCUUCGGGAUCUGGUCCGAGUCUGUGCCGCCCGAGGCAGGGUCUGUGUGGCCAGCCUCCCACCUUCUGCACCAUGAUUCCCACUGGAGCCUUUGCAGUUUCUGGACAUGAGCUCGGUCACCAGGAUGUGAAUGGAUGACUGGCUGGUGGCCAUGAGGGGCAGCCACCUGAAAUUAGCGUCAAUAAACCACUCAGGCCUUUC